GAUUCAGCAUCAGAGCAGCGCUGGAGCACUUGGGGACUGUGCUACUAAGUACUUUAUAUACUAGACUCUCGACUAAUACCUUUCUGGAUCCCUUACUCGUGCAUGCUGGGUUAUAUCGCUCUUCGACGUAAUACCAUCGUCAACCGCAUACCUACCACACCAUAUCCACGAGCCAACGUUGUCUUCUGCAACUUCAAUCUCUUCUUCAGGCGUAGCACUCACUCCAGUAACUCUCUCUCCACUGCGAAAUUCAUUAUGCUCUCAGUACCCUCGACACCACCUCCAAAGUCAAAGAUUCUUGUCCUUGGAGCAGGCAACUUUGGAAGCUGUCUGUCGGACCAUCUCGGAAACUCAGACCACGAAGUGUUCAUGUGGUCUCGUGAAGCUCGUUUUGUGGAAUACUUCAACAAGCAUCGGCGGAAUCCCGACUACUUGAAAGAUCAUGAAUUUUCAACAAAUAUCCGCGCCGUUGGCCCGGAGAUGCCCAGCAAGGAGAUGAUGAAACAGAUGGACGUUUUACUUUUUGCAAUACCAACGCAAGGCGUCAGAGAAACGCUGAUCAAACUGCAGCACAGCUUGAACCGCGAGAACUUGCCACUGAUGAUUUUCGUUAACAAGGGUAUUGAAACAGAUACGCAAGCAUUAACGCUCGAGAUCAUUGCCGAUACUUGCGGAAGUGAAAUCGCUCGUGCGGCAACUUUCAUUGUGAGCGCUGCGUUGUCUGUUGAUUUCCAUAAUUCCAAAGUUGUCCGCAGGCAACCGACCUCUGUGUCCGUCGCGUCUCUAACAGAAUCACAAGCAAAAAAAGCGUCAGAGAUAUUUCACCAGCCGUGGUUCCGGUGUUACACUGGAUCCGAUCCAAUAGGAUUGGAACUUGCAGGUGCUCUUAAGAACUGUCUUAUCACUCGUGGUCUCGCUGAGAUGACGCGAAUCGGAACCGCAUACGGAGCGUCGCCAUUGACGUUCCUGGGGCUCGCUGGUGUGGGAGACCUGUUCCUUACGUGUAGUUCGCCGACCAGUCGUAAUUACACCGUGGGUUAUCGACUGGGUAAAGGAGAACCGCUGGAAGAUAUUAUCAAGACGCUCGGUAGUGUAGCUGAGGGCGUGACAACAGCGAAGGGCCUAAAGAAGAUUAUCGAUGAGAUGCAAGUAUCCGCGCCGAUUGCCAAUGGGAUAUAUGCUCUUCUGUAUGAAGGAAAAGACCUGCAUGAAGGUAUACAAGAGCUGAUGUGUCGCCCGCCGUCACGCGAAUUAGACCUGCCGGAGAAAGCAGGGGAGCCAGCCAAGAGGUUAAUGCAGAAGCUUGGAUUGGACGCAUGAGCUAUUUACACUUGUACUAAGUCUUCAGGGAGGGUGGUUCCAGUUCCGUUUCCGCAUUGCAUGUGAUCGUGACUGAUAAAUGUGUCUUCCUGAAAAGGAAUGUACCUAGAUUAAUGACCCACGCGCGACGGGUUAUACACAUACAUACGUAAAUUAUACGGAAGACAACUGUUCAUCGUCCACGUUUGCGAUUGCAUUCAUUGAUUUGACCAG